AUGUCACUCCUGGCGACCCUGGGGCUGGAGCUGGACAGGGCCCUGCUCCCAGCUAGCGGGCUGGGCUGGCUCGUAGACUAUGGGAAACUCCCCCUGGCCCCUGCCCCCCUAGGCCCCUAUGAGGUCCUUGGGGGAGCCCUGGAGGGCGGGCUUCCAGGGGGGGGAGAGCCCCUGACAGGUGAUGGCUUCUCGGACUGGAUGACUGAGCGGGUUGACUUCACAGCCCUCCUCCCUUUGGAGCCCCCCUUCCCCUCCGGUGCCCUCCCCCCGCCUUCCCCGCCCCCACCUGACCUGGAAGCCAUGGCCUCCCUCCUCAAGAAGGAGCUGGAGCAGAUGGAAGACUUCUUCCUCGAUGGUCCACUUCUUCCACCGUCCUCCCCACCGCCACUGCCGCUGCCACCACCGCCACCACCAGCACCCCCCCUUCCCCUCCCCCUGCCCACCUUCGACCUCCCCCAGCCCCCUGCCCUGGAUACCCUCGACCUGCUGGUCAUGUACUGCCGCAACGAGGCUGGGCAGGGGGAUGCGGGGUUGGCACCCCUUCCCCCAGCACAGGAGCCCCCUCCUCCUCUGCCGCCUCCCCCCUCUCGCCCGGCCCCCUACCCCAAUCCUGCCACCACCACUCGAGGGGACCGCAAGCAAAAGAAGAGAGACCAGAACAAGUCGGCGGCCCUCAGGUACCGCCAGAGGAAGCGGGCAGAGGGGGAGGCGCUGGAGGGCCAGUGCCAGGGGCUAGAGGCACGGAACCGCGAGCUGAGGGAGAGGGCCGAGUCCGUGGAGCGGGAGAUCCAGUAUGUCAAGGACCUGCUCAUUGAGGUGUACAAGGCCCGAAGCCAGCGGACCCACAGCAGCUAG